UGUAACGUUGGUGGGUGUGGCAGCUAAAGCUCGCUGCGCCGCUUGUGACGUGGAACACAGAGUCAGACAUGUCGUUUCUAAUCUAAUGUGACUGUUCACAGAUCAGCCCGAGGCUGGAGCAGACUCCUCUUCUUCACAGACACACGUCCCGGUUCCCUGAGAGAGAGGAAGAUGGAGCGGGGGCCGUCAGUGGACAGCAGAGGCUCCAGGUUCACUCCUCUGGUGGUGUUGGAGCUUGCCUCAGACACCAGGGAGGAGGCCAUUACAUGGUUACUGAGCAGGAUAAGAGACCAGCAACAGAAUGGAGGCGCUGAGCUGCUGGUGGAGCAGCUGGGCCCUGGAGUCGAGUCACAGGAGAAGGAGAACCCUAACAUAUUUGUGGUGGGGGCGACAUGGCAGAGGCUGCUCUCUGGUGCUGAAGACGUGGGCCUCUUCAAGGAGUUUAAUGAUGGAUCCAUGAGAGGCUUCACCUGUGCCAACAGACACAACUUCAAAGACUUUAAAGGGGAUGGAGACUCCUUCCUCAGUAUGGCUGAGUGUCAGUACAUCAUCAAACACGAGCUGGACACACUACGGGCCAAAGAUGAGACUCAUGUGCCGGGACACACCGAGGCCAAGCUCUACCCUGGGAAGUCUAUCAUUCGCAGACUGCAGUCCAAGGGGAUCCUGAUCCAAGUUUUUCCUCUCCAUGAAAAGGAGGAACUGAAGAGGCUGUCUUUUUCUUGGUACAAAAAGGUGAAGCUGUCCUUUCAGCCUCUUGAUGACAUCAGGCACUACUAUGGCGAGGGUCAGGCCCUGUACUUCGGCUUCCUGGAGUACUUUACCUUUGCCCUGAUGCCCAUGGCUCUCAUUGGAGUGCCUUACUAUCUGUUUGACUGGGAGGACUACGACAAAUAUGUCCUCUUUGCUGCGUUCAACCUGGUCUGGUGCACUGUUAUCCUGGAGGUAUGGAAGCGUUGCAGCGCCUCACUAGCCUACCACUGGGGCACACUGAGCAGGAAGAAAGCCUUUGAAGAACCUCGGCCUGGUUUCCAUGGUGUUCUUGGGUUCAACCCUGUGACGGGCCGAGAGGAGCCUCUCUACCCCAACACCAAGAGGCAGCUGCGUGUCUACCUUGUGUCCCUGCCUUUUGUCCUGCUCUGCCUCUACCUGUCCCUCUACGUCAUGAUGAUCUACUUUGUAAUGGAGGGAUGGGCAAUGUCAGUCCACGAUGAGGAUCCAACCUUCUGGACAGGAAUACUGUUGUACGUCCCUAGUAUUAUCUAUGCUGUGGUCAUAGAGAUCAUGAACCUCAUCUACAGAUAUGCUGCUGAGUUCCUCACUGAGUGGGAAAACCACAGGCUCGAGUCUUCACAUCAGAAUCACUUAGUCCUUAAAGUAUUAGUAUUCAACUUCUUCAACUGUUUUGCCUCGUUGUUCUACAUCGCCUUCGUCAUGCAGGACAUGAUGCUGCUCAGACAGAGUCUGGCCACAUUGUUGAUCACCAGUCAGAUCUUGAAUCACUUCAUGGAGGCCUUCCUGCCCUACUGGCUUCAGAGGAGACGCAAUAAGAAAAUGAUGCGCAAAGUCCAGAAGAGAAUAACUCUGGAGGACAAAGAGUUUCCUCUGGGCGUGCAGGUUCGACUGGAGGCCGACAUGAGCACAUACUUGGGCACCUUUGAUGACUACCUGGAGCUGUUCCUGCUGUUUGGAUACGUCAGUCUGUUCUCCUGCGUCUACCCUCUGGCUGCUGUCCUGGUGGUGUUGAACAACAUCACAGAGGUUUACUCUGAUGCCUUCAAGAUGUGCCGUGUGUUCAAAAGACCCUUCUGUGACCCAGCAGCCAACAUCGGAGUCUGGCAGCUUGCCUUUGAGGCCAUGAGCGUGAUCGCUGUUGUGACCAACUGUUCGCUGAUAGGCAUGUCUCCACAAGUCAAGGCUUACUUCUCCGAAUCAGAGACCCAGCUCAUACUGUGGACAGUGGCUAUUGAGCACGGGCUGCUGGCCUUCAAGUUCAUCCUGAGCUUCCUCAUCCCAGAUGUUCCCAAGCACAUUCAGAUCAGCCUGUCUCGUCUGGAGUUUGAGUCAUUGGAGGCCCUCAAGAAAAAGAGACAGCCCCAUCAUGGAGGAAAAUGCUCGAGGCCUCGGAGCUCAGUAAGACCCCCCUGUGAGGAGGAGAGGAGGAGCUUCAGACAGUGACGGACCAACUAGCAGACACUUCACACAGCUUUAACACACCAACACACACACUCACAAAUGUGUGUUGGUGUGUGUUUUAUAUGCAAAAUGUUGCUAGGAUCCCAGUGGGUCAGUGCUGCUCACCACUCUAAAUAAGAUGCACUGUAGUGAGCUUUAUUAACGGGGGAUAAAAGUGUUAAAAUCACAGAAGAGUGCUGUAUUACGACAUAUAUAUAUAUAAUGUAGCAAAUCUAGAUUUUAUAUGCAGGAAAUUACAUUUUGUUUCUGUUCUUUGGGUUGAAUUUAAUCAGUACUGUGGUGUGGGAUUACGCACAUAUUAAAGUUUACGGUUAUGAAUGAGUGAUGGUGUAUACACAGCAUUGCAAAGCCUUCAUCCAAGACACUGCUGGCUCACUUUCAGUAUUCAAGCUGCUUGUAACAAAACAGACGCUCAUCCUGAGUUCUCAUGUCCAAGUAUGGAAGCAGACAGUGACCAUAAAGAUUUCAGUCCUAUAAGCAACCAUGUCAUCACUGCUAUAUUCUUCAGUGGUAAUGGCAUGUUAAACUCAGUAUUUUACUUUGACAUGUAUGUGGUCUGAAUUCACCUCUUUGAUAUUUCCAUUCGGUUAUUUGGUGAAACUUUAGUAUCCUAAAAAAAGGGGCUAACAAAUAGAGAAAGAAAAUUAAUUUGUCCAAUAGAAAUAAGAAGCUACAUUCAUGUUGCUCAAGUAUUAUUGUU